AUGCUUCCCGCCGCGCUGCUUCUCUGCAGCGUCGCCUUUGUCGGCCACGGCAGCAACAACGCGACGGAGCCGCUGCCGUGCAACCUCUCCUCGGACGACGCUCACGGCCGGCUGCUGGCGCUCAACGACGGGUCCCGCCGCCGUGGCCGUCGCUCUGCCGAGCGCAACGGGUCGCGAUCGCUGCAGGCCACGCCGCGGCGGCCGCACGAGCGCGCAAACGCGACAGCGGCGCCGCACCACCACCACCGCGAGGCGCGCUGGCGGGUGCGCACCGGCCGCUUCGCGCGCACCCCGGCGGGCCUCGCGCUCGCCGUCGCUCCGGUGGCGUGGGAUCGGCCGGCGGGGCAGCAGCUUGGCUCGGAGGGCUCGAUUGCCCUGACCAACCGGCCGGGCCUGCUGCGCGACCUGCUGCUCACCGCCGCCUUCGCGGUGCUGGGCGGCUUCGCGCUGAUGCACUGCGCCUCCCGCCGCUCGCUCCGCAUCUCGUGGAUCUACUCGUCCGAAGGGAACACCCACGCGCUGCUCCGCUCCAACAAGAUGCUGCUGCUGCUCACCAUCAACCUGACCAACCUCGGCUGCCACUCGGUCUUCUCGAUCCUCGCCGCCUUCUUCCCGCAGGAGGCGAAGGCGAAGGGGGCGACGGACGAGAUGGUCGGCCUCAUCUUCGCCUCCUUCGCCUGCGUCAUCUUCGUCGCCUCGCCGCUGGCGGCGCGCCUCAUGUCGCGGCACGGCAAGUCGUACGUCUACAUCGCGGGCGUCGUCAUCGUCUCGCUCUCGACAAUCAGCUUCGCGGUCGCCGACGCGCUGCCGGCCGGCUGGCCCUUCACCGGCUGGUGCCUGCUCAUGCGCCUCGUGCAGGGCUUCGGCUCCGCGCUCGAGGAGAGCGCGGGAGAGACGGCGGCGUACGCGCUGAUCGCCGACGUCGACCCGGAGCGGGUCUCCUUCCUGCUCGGCAUCACGGAGAUGUCGACCGGGCUCGGGUACAUGGUCGGGCCGCCGCUCGGGGGCUGGCUCUUUUCGAUCGGCGGCUUCCGCACGCCCUUCCUCCUCCUCGGCGUCCUCCUCCUGCCCGCCGCUGCGCUCAUCCACCAGCGGGCGCUCGGCAUCGCCACGUCGCCCGACUCGAUCGGCCUCCUCUUCUCCGUCUCCUCCGUCUGCUACACCAUCUCCUGCCCCGCGAUCGGGCUCCUCUCCGACCGCAGCCGCAUCGGGCCGCGCCCGAUGAUCUACGCCGGGCUGCUCGCCCAGGCGAUAGGUUUCCUGCUGAUCGGGCCGUCGCCCCUGCUCGGCUGGCUGCACGGCGGCAGCGCGUCGUGGCUUCAGGUUGUCGGCGGGCUGGCCUUCUCGCUCGGGCAGAUGGUGGGCCCGCUCGCGGGCACCGCGCUGGCGUCGCACAUGGGCCUUCCGUGGGCGGGCACGCUGAUGGCGCUGCUCAUCUGCCUGCAGCUCUUCCUCAUGGCCGCGGCGGACCUCUGGCUGCCGCACGCAGGCAGGUUGCGCGGCUUCAUGCCGCUGACGCAGAACGCCGCGGCCGCAACCGAGCUGGAGCGCUUCACGUCGAGCGGGAGCAGCCAGUCCCGGCACGGCUCCUCGGCGGCGAUCAGCUCAGGGGAUGAACUGUGAGGCGCGUGCUGGUGCGCGCGCCUGGUGCGCGUGCUCGUGGGCGCGUCUAUGUGUGCCAUUGCGUCGGUCCGAACCGCCUUCUCUCAGCGCCCCAUGUCGUUCAACUCUUCAAGCGAAUUUCCGCCUCAACGCGCGUGUGUAAGUGAGCUUGUGUCGUCGCUGCGUGAAUUUUGCGCUUGUAUUUGAAAAAUAAGAUACGGUA